AAGGGACGCCUCUAGAGUACAGCUCUUUGGUUUCCUUCCACUGAAAUGGUUCUUCCAUUUCAGUGUUACUACCAACGUACUGGGAUAUUUCUUCUCCUGAUGUCAUCUUUAACCUUUGCUGAAGGUGGAAAGAUCCUGGUGGUACCUCAGGAUGGAAGUCACUGGCUCAGCAUGCGCCCAGUAGUGGAGAAACUUCAGCAAAAUGGACAUGAAGUUGUUGUGGUUGUACCAUCAACAAGUUUGCAUAUGAAGCCAAAGGAGCCUCAGAAUUAUACAGUGAAAGUAUAUCCAAUGCCUUACCAAGAGGACCAUUUAGCUGCGGUGCUCAAAUCCUUCAUUGAUGCCCAUGUUAUUGAACAAUCUCUUUUGAAUAUCAUUAUUACAACGUACCAAAGCACCAUAGAAAUAUCCAAGUUGUUUUUCAGCAACUGUAAGAGCCUCUUGCACAACAAAGACAUGAUGCAGUAUCUGAGAGAGAGCAAAUUUGAGGUAGUUUUAUCGGAUCCAACUCAGAUGUGCGGACCCAUAAUUGCUGAGCUGCUUUCAAUUCCUUCCAUCUACUUUCUGCGAGGACUUCCUUGUGGUACAGAUUCUGAUGCCACCCAGUGCCCAAACCCUCUUUCCUACAUCCCCAGGCUCUUCGUCAAUAAUUCAGAUAACAUGAUAUUUACUCAACGUGUGAAGAACGUGCUGGUCCGUAUGCUGGAGUUGGUUUACUGUAAGCCUUUCUUUGCUCAAUUUGAAGAACUUGCAAGUGAGUUUUUCCAAAAGCGAGUGACAACUGUGGACCUUCUAAGCCGUGGAUCUGUUUGGCUGAUGAGAUAUGACUUUGUGUUUGAGUUCCCGAGACCAGUGAUGCCCAACAUGGUUUUUAUUGGAGGGAUAAACUGUAAUGAGAAGAAAAAGCUCUCUCAGUAUCCCAUGCCUAUAAUGCCCAAUAUGAUUUUCAUUGGAGGCAUAAACUGCGGACAGAGGAAACCAUUAUCUCAGGAAUUUGAAGCUAUUGUGAAUGCCUCUGGAGAACAUGGCAUCGUUGUCUUCUCCCUGGGCUCCAUGGUCUCUGAGAUUCCUAUAAAGAAAGCCAAAGAAAUUGCAGAUGCCUUGGGAACAGUCCCUCAAACGGUUUUGUGGCGAUACACAGGACAGGUGCCCCCCAACCUGCCCAAGAACGUAAAGCUCGUCAAAUGGCUGCCCCAGAAUGACCUUCUAGCUCACCCUAAGACUCGUGCCUUUAUUACCCACGGAGGCUCCCAUGGCAUUUACGAGGGCAUAUGCAAUGCAGUGCCAAUGGUGCUAAUGCCUUUGUUUGGAGACCAGAUGGACAACGCCAAGCGAGUAGAGUCGUGGGGAGCAGGACUGACACUGAACAUACUUGAAAUGACUACAAAGGACAUAUCCACUGCUCUGCAAACAGUUAUUAAUGACAAAAAGUACAAAGAGAACAUCAAGCGUCUCUCAGACCUUCACCUCGACAGGCCCAUCCACCCCAUGGACCUGGCUGUGCACUGGGUAGAAUUUGUAAUGAGACACAAAGGAGCCCCACACCUCCGACCUGCUGCUCAUGACCUGAACUGGAUCCAGUACCACUCCCUGGAUGUCUUCGCCUUCCUCCUCAUCGUGGCCCUCCUCUCCCUCUUCAUUUCUCUGAAGUGCUGCCUGUUCUGCUGCCGCAGGUGCUUCUCUAAGAAGGGAAGAAUAGGAAAGCCAACCAAAUCCAAGUCCCACUAGCAGGUGAAACCAAUGGUAGGAGAUAAGCCUCUGCUCCAGACCAGAUGAUCAGAGAACAUCCCAAAUUUCACUGACUGCUGGCUUUUGGUCAAGAAAUAAGAGUUCCUUUAAAUUAGCAUCAUGGGAAGGGUUGUUUCACUGGUAUAAUUGUUGCCUUUAAUUAAGAAUUGGUUGUUAAAAUUACUUUGUGUAGGAGUGCUUCAGUCACUUGGGAAGAUAUCAGUGUGAAGUCCAAGGCUCCUGGCUUCCACAUCUUGGUGUAGAGAGGACUCACGUUGACUUCUUUUUUUUACCUCUAUAUGCAAUGGAGAGAUAUAUAUACAGGGAUUUCAUAAGACUUUGCUUCAAGGGCUUUAGGAGAACCAUUUGCUCUAGUUUAAGGCUGUCAGGUUUACCAAGCACUUUGAAACCUUUGUGUAGCUGCUGUUGUAGAAGAGGCAAAUGUUAUACACUGACAAUACGUGUCACAUAAGCCAGCUAAAUGCACAUCUUCCAUGGGUUUUGUGUGUGCUUACAAUCCCCUGAACAAAACUAAGGUUUUGGCAGGGAAGUCAUUGUAAAGCCACUGGUGUUUCACCCAAGCUCCCCAUCAGGCAGAGUGCUGUAUCUGGAGCUUACCUGUUGGGUGAUCAGAGCUUUGUAAGCAUUGUUUAUAAAACCCAAUUGAUGUACUUGUUGUAAGUGUUGCUCAGGUAAAGACCCAAAGCCCAGCCUUACAAAUAAAUCACCAGUUCUAACAA